AUGACAUGUGAAGCAUAUAUUUCUCCGAAUGUUGAGUGGUCACUAGAGCCAUCUACCUGGCUCGGACAAACCCUCCUCACGGGAACUGUAUGGUUUAUUCUUCGGCAGAUAUUUACAAAGCCCAUUGCGUGGACUCUGACCAUCUGGCUGUACAACAUCGUUACGUUUGUGUUCUUUCAUGCCAUUCUAGGAGAUCCUUUCAACCCAGAGUACUCGGGGCUGACCUUCUGGGAGCAGCUGAUGAUCCAGCUAAAGGGGUCAUCCGGCAUGAGUUUUUUCACUUUGUUCCCUGUGAUGCUAUUCCUGUGCGGUGCUCGGUUGGCAAAGUUCAACAAUGCCUUGUUCAUUCUCAACUUCAUUUCUCUUAUCCUUGUCGUUACGCCCAAGAUCAUAAUCUACGUGAUGUACUACUACAAGACAAAACAGGAACAGGAAAAAAAGAAAACCCAGAAAAUACGGAGAAAAAAGAACUCAUCAAGUGCGUAG